AUGCCACGUUAUUAUACUUGGAAUGCUUCAUCGAAGAAUUUUCAAAGACGGAAGCAAGGCGAUGCAGUUCCUGUGUAUCCGGAUGUGCGUUCCACUGAUGCUCUUGGUCGUAUGUAUACAGUUCAUCCAAAGAAUGAUGAAUGUUUCUAUUUGCGGUUGUUGCUGAUAAAUGUGCGUGGGCCAACGUCAUUUGAGACACUACGGACUGUUAAUGGUGUAAUAUUCCCAACAUAUCGUGCUGCAUGUGAGGAACUGUACUUAUUAGAAAACGAUACCCAUUGGGAUACGACAUUCGCUGAAGCCAUUAUCUCUGCAUCUCCAAGUCAGAUACGCACAUUAUUCGCUAUCAAAAUUUAG